AUGUCGUCUAUAUCAGAUUCACAAACACCAUGUCCUGAUCCUGUUGUUUCUACUUAUACACAAAAUCAAAAACAAAGAAUUGCUGAAGCUUCUGCUAAAAUUGAAACAUUAAAUGAUAUUGGUCUUAUUGUUAAAAAAGCAGUUAGAGAAGCAUUACAAAACUUGAAUAUUGAUAAUGAUUUAAAAGAAAUUAAUGAGGCUCUUAAAAAAAUUGAUAAUGAAGAUUUGAAAAAACUUAUUAAUGAAAAAACAGAAGAAAUUAAAGCAAAAUUAGGUGAUUUUCAGGUAUCAACUCCUAUUGAAGCUGAUGAUAUUGCAAGUACUUUAGAACAACUUGCCAAUAAAUAUCAAUCUAAUCUUGAUACAACAGGAAAUAGAAAACAUGAUACAGCAUCAGAAAGUUCGAAUGAUAGUGAUUUGGAAACAAAGAAAAUUAUUUUAAAUGAUGACAUUGAAAAAAUACAUAAAGCUAUUGAAAACAAAGAAAAUAUAGAUUUAGAUAAAACAAUAGGAAUACUAAAACAAGUUAGCAAUUUAACAAUAACUGAUUACAAUAGAGUUUAUGAUGAACAAAAUGAAACUAUUAAUGCAUUGAAAUUGAUUAAUUUAAAUUUAGCAUGUGAAGUACAAUAUUAUAAAGGAUGUCUUUGUGAAGAGUUAAUACAAACAAUCAAAGAAUGGUUUAAUGAUUUACUUGAUAUAAAAUAUACAAAUGCUAAAGGAACAGUAAAAAUCAAUGGUUAUUCUAUCAAUGUUGUAUUUGAUAGUGGUUGUUCAGAAUCUUCUAUGCCUAAUCAUAUUAGAGAACAACUAGGAUUACAAAUUACUGAUUAUAGAUGUUCUCCUUCUACUACAUCCAAUGGUGAAAAAAAAACAUGUUAUGGAAUGUUAAUGGUUGAUAUUGAAAUUGGUGAUAAAAAUGUUAAUUUUCUAAUUAAAGUAGUUGAAUCUAUUAAAGAUUAUCUUUUGUUAGAAUUAAAAGAUAAAUUGGCUUCUUUAAAAAUUGAAAAUAAUGAAUUAAAGAAUAAAUUUUAUAUGAUUGAAAAACUUAAAAAAAAACAAAAACCAUAUACUUGUCAAUGUGAUGUAAAGAUUAAUGAUAUUGAAACUAAUAUUUGUAUCAAUUCUGGUUGUAAUGAAAUGAGUUUUAUGACAAUGAAAAAAGCAAAGAAAUUAGGAUUAAAAAUUAAACCAGCUGAUGAAAAUGAUUAUUGUAUGGGUGUUGGUGGUCAAUCUAAAAUCGAAGGAGUUAGUUCUACAAUAAUUGAAUUUGAUGGCAUCAAAUUUCCAAUUCAUUUUGAAAUAGGAAAUACAACUAGUAUUUUAAUUGGCUGUAAUUUUUUAAAAUGUUAUAAUGCUGAAAUUAAUUUUAAAACUGAAUAUUUAAAAUUAACACACAAUGAUAAAACUAUUAAAAUUAAACUUGAUAUAUAUUAG